AAAUGUGUUCACUUCGCACUCUCGCUCUCACUUGAUUUUUAUUUUGUGUUUACGUAACUGCGAACUUACUUUCACUAGUUGCACCCCCUCCAAUCUACCUUUUUCUGGGCUAACGCCACUGCAGUUAUUGCUCAGUUAACUUCUCAUUAACUUGAGAAAGCGGUUAGUCAGGCAGUGUGCGUAGUAGUUUGAACCAGGAAGAUGAACUAUGGUCGUGACCUGAGGGGGACACCAGACAAUGCAGACGACAGCGACUAUUAACUUUUAGCUAUAAUUGGCAGUUAUCCAUUUGUUUGACGAUGGAGGAUUUGCCACAAUUACCUUCAUUUUCACAGAAGAACAAGACCAUGGAGUCUCCGGACAAAGGGGUGAUUGUGGAGGAGGAGGAGGUUAUCAAAGAAGAGGAGAAAGAGGAAGUCGUCGUUGUAGAGGAGGAGGAGGAAGAGGAGAACACGGGUCCCAUUCUGGAGGCCAAGAUCGUCUACAUACUGAUGAGCAAAGAUCAUCGAAUAUCAAGAAAUCGACGAGCAGAGUGGUUUUUCUCCAGGUUCAAUACAGUCUUUUCCCUCCCAAAGGAUCGCCUCAUCUCGCUGGCACUGGACGAAGGGGCAGAUUUCUAUGUCGUGUCUGCCAUUCCAAAGGACCCGAAUCCAGACUGGACGCCACAAACGAGACACGCUUUCAGGUACAAAAUAACUACCAAGACGGUGGUUACCUAUCUUUCUCGCCGAUACAGGAUUGUUUACUGCAUUGAUGUCAGUCCUUCAGUUGCAGCAGUGGACAUUCAAGCAGGGACUGUCAUAUUCGAUGGAGUUUUUCAGGCUUUAAGGGCAAGCCUGGAUGGGUUAAUGAGACCAUUUUAUAUUCCAGGGAGUACCAUUGUGUUUCAGCCAAAGAUAUUUAUCACCGUCAUUACGCAUUCUCCUUUCGUUACUAGCAUAAAUAAUGAGGUUAUUCUUCAAGGCAAACUCUUAGGUCCGUCCACGUACAAUAACAUUUUGCAAACUGUCUUUCAAGAGCUACAUGUUAUCGAAAACAAAAUGGCCACCAUGACGGAGACAUUGGUUAAAACUGUUAAUGCAAGAAGGGCCAGACAAAAGGCGAAAAUGGAGAAAGAGAAAACUCCUUCAGGGGAUAGUAAAUCUGGGAUUCAACCUUUCAAAUCGUCCGUUAGUUCUGAUUUUAGUCUAGUUGAUCUGUUGAAACAAGCCCUUAUCGCUUUAAGUUUGCUCCCCGAAAAUUCUUCUUCUGGUUUGGUAAUUUUGACUGAUGGAGUAGUUAGUGUUCCAGACGGAAGAUAUUUAGACAUUAUUUUGUCUCAACUUCGAUACAACACAGUGUCCUGUUCGUUUAUACAAUUGUCUAGUCCCUUUCAUCCACAUUUAUGUCAUGGCGUACUUCCCUAUGUGGACCUUAUGAAGUUUAUUGCAACAGCAACAUUUGGCUCGUUUAUGACAGAAGCUCCUGAAAUUACAUCAUCAUCUGAUGCUAUUACGGAAAUGAAUGUUUAUCAUUUGUCGUUCCUUGCGUGGAGUUUUCAGAAUUCGGAUAACAUUCAAGCUGAGACACAUCUACCAACUUCCAUCAAACCUGGAGAGUGGUCUAUAAGGAAUAAGUGCUUCUUUACAAUUCGGGACAUGCCAAUAGUCAAAAAACUUCAAUUUGAAAGUAAACUUGAAGUCGACUACAUGAAGGUUUUAUCUUGUCGUUUACGUGAGGGAUUUAUGAUCAAGGAUAUAAAUUUGAAUGAUGAAUGCAAAUAUGAAAUAACGUUAACUCUGCCAUGGAAGUUUUUGAUUCAUUUGGAGUAUGUUGUAAUAACGGAUCAGACGCUAGAUUCUCGAACCGAGUGCAUUUUCUCCUUGGAAGGACCCUACGACUUUCUUCAUGAUGUAACAUGUUUAGCUGCAAGGUCAUUUCCUUCAAUUUAUCGGCAACUAAUGGUCAACCGCUUCUGGGCAACGAGGAAGAACCUUUCAGAAUCGGAUAGACUCCUUGUUCAUUUGAAUUCAUUUUCUUCGAAUCAAGCCUACUACAACAUUCCAGACAGUUUGCGCAACGGAGUUCCAUUAUUCUAUUUCUCUCCAAACUCCACUGUCCCACAGUUACAGUCAAAUGAUUUUCCAUACCCACAAUUUUCUCAAUUUUGGAAACCAGUUUGCAUGCUGGACACAAAUGUUUGGCAAAAGUGGAUGCACACUCAUCGCAUUGGAGUAAUUCUGGAACAUGAUCACCCUCUACCAAAGCAUCUGCACCAUCCAAACCCAGCCGGAAGGUUUCAAGUAAUUUUAUGUAGACAAGCAGUUAUGGCGUUAAAUACUCUUCUCAAGAAUUCAAGCUCAUUUGUCUUGGUUGAAAAUCACUCUUACGUGACACUUAUGUACAACAAUGAAGACGACAAAUCUGCUCCAUUUUCUUUUUACAUUAUUAGAGUUACAUCAAAACCACCAUAUGUCGUUCUCAGACUGGCAUUUUUAGUUGGAACUCCAGGAAAUCUUAGACAUAAAACUGUAUCGUCUCUGAUAGAAAAAAUUGGGGUUCUAACAUUUCCUCAAAGACUGAAAGUACCACCACGAUGGAGGUUUCCAAGUGGAAAUUCGACAAAUUCAUCUGAUCAGGCUAAUAAAGCAUCGUGGUCCGACAUGCCCUGUUGCAUUUUGAUGAGCAAGCCAAUAGAGAAGAUAUUAAUUAGGUACGAGAAAGUUCCAGACAACUAUUGUGAAGUACUGAUGCCACAAAAUACAUACGACAUCCCAUCCGAUCCUAAAUCUCCGAAUGCUUCUCAACAAUCAACAUUUGGUUUCAAAAGGACAAAUCCUGGAGGAACAGCACCUGGAGGAACGCCGACUAUCAUGGUCCCUGAAAUGUUUAAUACCGUUGCCCGGUAUUUAAACCACAAACGAUGGAUUUGGUAUUUUCCAAAGUGUGUUCUACCAGAUUUUGAGGUUAAAGAUGCUUCUGAAAUUUUAACGGUGAUAACCAAGAUGCGAUUGCAAGAAGGCUUCCGAUUCGCAUAUUCUUCUUCUGGUACAGUAAGCAUGGUUUUUGAAGUUCAAAUGCAGAAUAGAACAAAUGUGCCAACACAUGAAUUGGACAGCACUUUAGAACACAAAUUUGUGGAUGAGACUUAUCUCACGCCAUGUGUUUUGCAGUUUGUAAUGUUUCCUCCGACCACAUCACUAACUCCACAUUUUGACGAUGAUAUCGAAACUCCAGAAGAAAACAAGGACAUUUUCUUGAUUACGGAGUCUUGGAUUGAGCCACAAUGUGGAGAAUUAACGGGGUGCAAGUUUGAUUUGUUAAAUGGACUGCAGUUUUCACAAAUAGCUGACAAAAUUUUUGAAAUCAACAAGGAAUGUGUUCUGACUCUCGGAGCAUUUGACUAUUUAAAAGGUUUUCCCAAGAGCAACUACAUCGAUAAGAAAGGAAAAGCUGGACGCCUGCGUGCUAUUGCGGGAGGAAAUUCCAUGGAGGAAAAUAACACAACUCUUAUUCCUUUCGAAUUUGAACUGGGACGAGUUCUCCCCAAAUGCUCUCAAACAGAGAUGCUAUUUUCCAUGUUUUUUCAAGACUUGGGCCAUGCAUUUUCGGUUGAGGGGAAAAAUGAAUUUGUUCCAUACCAUGAACGAGCUAAUGAAACUCUGUACAAUUCAUGGACUGAAAGUUUAGCAGAUGUCCAUGAUAAAGAAAUCAUGAUAGACUCUAGAUAUUUUGCAUCUCUGCUCACCAUGGUUCUCUCCAGAGAGGAUGUAACUAAAACAGGAAAGGACUCUAGAUUCAAUUCAGACGACUUGCCAGCAUGGAAAUGCUUCGUGAAAUCUGUGGAUCCGUCACAACAACUAAUUACUCUCGUUCCAAAAACUUUAAGAGAUACAAAACUAUUUUUUCUCAUUGUUGAGAAAUGUAAAUGUGUUAUAACGGCUGCAGAGGCAAAAACCAAAAUAGAAGGACCUUUUCUAACUAUUCCACAGUCUCAAGCUAGUACAGAACUUUACUCUGCAACUACAAAAAUUCGCCAAAGAAAAAUUUCAGAACCAAAUGCUUGCCAAAAAUCAACUGCCACAUGUCUAGUCACACACUUGUCACUGGACAACCCUCAUCCAUCCGUUGGACGCAAACGUAUCCGAGCUUUAUCUGGGGGAGAAUCUGCCCCUGUUCUCAAGAAGGCAUUUACUGUAGAUUCGAGUUUACAUGACUCACUUGCUCAAAGUUUCUUUGACGAAACUACUUCAAAAUAUGUCGUGCCAAAGAAUAAGUACACAAUAGUUGAAGACUUGAAUCUAAGUUUCAGCAGCCAUUCAGAAACGGCUGAAGCCAGUCAUUCAUUCUCCAAUUCAGAAUGCAUAGAUCAGUUCCACGUUGCUGACAACGAGUCCAAAUCUAUGAUCGGAUCUAUGACAAUGCCAUUAUUUAUGUACGACUGUUCACUCUCCACCCUACGAAGCCAUUUAAUUUACAGAGGCAGCCAGGAGGUACCAGAUCGUUGUUUGGAUUUUCGAAUUUUUAAUGUACCGGAUGAAGGCGGCAAAACAUCGGUUGAAGUUGAAGAAGCUCCGGAAAAGGUUGAAACGGCUGAAACUUCAGAUGCAUCAGAAUUGCCAGCAGAAUCCUCGUCUACGGAGUGCCCUGUCCCGGAUGCCAAAAAACCUCCAGAUGAAUCAGAGUUUACAUCAGUCAAGUUAGAAGAGUAUUGCAAGAACCUGCAACUUUCUUAUAGAAAGUCCUUUGUUAAAAGUGUCUUCCACAGCCUUCAGCUUGGAUACUAUAUAAGCACUGAGGAUUUGAAAGCAGUUAUAAACGUGUGUCACAAGAAUAUAAUUACUGCUGAUAUUUCUGAAUUUUUAAAGAAUAUUUGCUAUCACGAACAACUCAACGAUGCUUGUAAAACCUCUGCCACCAUACGUAGCUUUAUUCAAAAGAAAUUUAAGGAUAUUCUAACAAAAAUCUUCAACUACACCAAAGUGGAUUCAGAUUUCUUCUAUUACAAGUCAAAUCGUCUUCAUUAUAGUCAUGAAAAUAUGUUCUGUGAUUACGGGCAAUAUUUGCCAUUCAUGGAUUUUGAUGAUGAUAAAAAAAGGGAUUCAGAGUCAUUCCGAGAGACUGAUCAAUGGAAUUCAUCGUCUGACGUUUUCAACUUUUCUGACAUGACUUGUGGCAGACGGGAAUCGGAAAGUACUAACGUAGAACCUACGCCACCUUUAUUUAUGCUCUUAAGGUGUACAUCUACUACCGAAAAAUCUUCUAAAACCUUUGCCGUUUCGGAUCUUCCAGUUUGUAUAGACGAUUACGAUCUUUCUUUGCGAGUGGAAAUCGACGAUUUCACGGAUGAUUCAAAUGUUUGGAGUACAAAACUUGAGCUAGUUUUUAUGACGAUGCCAAAUGAUUCUAUGGAGGAACCUGCAGUAUCAAACUUUACCAAUUUUCACGAGUGUCAGAAUAUCUCCAUGGCUCAAGUUGAAGCUUUAGACACCAUGUUAAAAGAAAUUAAGUGGCUUCUUAAUGAUGAAAUCACCUCUUUACGGUCAAAUUCGCUUAGUCUUACGACAAAUAUGCUCGAAGAAAUAGCAUCACACGUGGAAGAGUCGUCUACAAAAUUGGGUUGUUUCCAUCAGUGCAUUCCAUUACAAUUUGUAGAAAAUUCUGCUCGGGGUUAUCAAAAAUUUGUUGGGCAAUUUGAUAACUUGUGGCUUCCUGGAUUUGCAUUUAAAAAGCUCGAAAAUUGGUUGUACCUCGUGGCCUCGACGAGUAGUAAGAAAAUCGUAGAGAUUGAAAGGGACAGUGAUUCAGACAUUAUAGAUACUGAGAGUAGCGACGAUUUAUUACACCAAAGUAUUGAUGAAAGCGAAGGGAGCACUACGUGUACAACGUCUAUAUCAGAAAUUGAAUUGAACGUGGAAAGUCGUUUGCCGUAUUGGAUACUGUUUAAAGUAGACCGAGAAAAUGUGUUUGCUUACUGUCAUUGUCGAUACGAUGAGGAUGAUUCGAUUCCAUUGAAUCAAUGCAUAGAAACGAGAGGCAUUAUCCUUGCUGAGAUUGCUCGUCUGAUUAGAAUUGUCAACCAGGAUUUACUCUUACAAAGUCUACAUGAUACACGAAUGUGCAGCAAUCUGCUAGAACCUGAUACAAACCGCUCAGGGAUGGACGAAAGUCUUUCAUCUAAAAAUUAUGACGAUGGACCACGAAGUGAACUUGAUAUGGAUUCGACCACCAAUACUAAUAAUGUAGCAGUUUUUGCGUGUGACGUUGUAUGGGAAACUACUUUUAAAUUACAUCCUCGCCUAAAAUCUGGUCCAGGAAAAUCUGCGUUUUCUCGGGGAAUGCAGAUUCUCCGAUCAACACUUAUGGCAUUUGAAGUAGGAAAUAGAGAGAACAUGUUUGUAUACCGUAACUCGUUAGGAAAUGUGUUUUACUUGAGACUCUACCGAGUAAUUGAAACUUACGACGAAAUGAUGGGAGUUGAUUGCCCAUCUGAAAAUCCAUCUCCAAGAUCUAGCAUAUCAUCCAGAUCUCGUAUGCAUCACCCAUCAGCCGAUAGCAACAAAGAUGAUCCCCCAAUCAUCUUGAGAGAGGCUCUAAACAGUCUCAUCGGGAGAACAACGCCGACAGAAGGCAUUGUUUUGCUAAAAGUGCAUGGAGUUACUGAAGCAGGGAAUGAAAUUAAGGAACAGCUAAUUCAGUCUUUACGUAACAAGUUGGACGACGCUGUGCUUGAUGUUUUAUCCGUAACCCUGGAUCGAAACCCUCACUGUAAACUGACCCCAGAAGAUGUUCAUUUUAUACAAAAACCUCUCUCGCCUCCUGACGCUUUAGUUCGGUUUACAACAGGACGAUUUGUGAAGCUAUUGCUUUCUCCAUUCGCAUUUUUUCUUCAUCAGAAUCUGUUGCAAUUUUUAAACAUUCCAAAAUAUACUAAAACAGAGUUCCAUUUCCAGGAUUAUCACAGAGUCUCUGAAAAUCGUUUCAGACCGGAAUUGGAAGAACAUAAUGUGUAUUUGUACAAUCAAAGUCCAGGGGGUACCGGCAGCCGAGGAGUUGCUUGUGUGUCAGUUGCAAUAGUGGACAGAAAUGGCGGUCUGUUACGUUGUGCGGAUUGGAAGCGUCCAUGGAACUUUCAAUUCUCUUUAGCAAUGAGUGAAUUACUAACCUUUAUCGAAACGGAUGAAAUAGUAAAUGAUACUCAAACGUCAGACAUCAUUUUGGAACUAUGCGUCUGGAAACAAGGACGUAUCAACCUGGAUAUUUUAAAGAACAACUUUUUAUCCGCAAUAAAACAUGGGGGAUGGGAUUUAGCAAUGGAGUAUCAGAUUCUAACUCCAUCGCUGUUUUCACCAGCAGCCAUGGAAGACCAAGAUACCAUAGAACGUAACAAAGACUUGAUAAUGGAACUAAAAAAUUCAGCGUGUGGAUCCCCCGUCAUUCCAUGUGUAUCUGAUCGUUUGCUGAGACGUAGAAAUAGUUCGGCCAUCACUUUGGGGAAAGCUGUUGAUCAAUAUGACGAGCCAAGAGAAAGAUCAUGGUCUUAUACUGUGAGGCGUCAAUCACCUUAUGCUCCUGCAAUUAGAUUAGACAUUCCAUCUUUAGAGUCUUUCUCGUCUAGAAAUUCUCUUCGCGGUAGCACUGCAUCAACGGAAACCAUACGAUCUGGGUUUGACUAUGUCAGCACAAGAAGAACUAUUAUUGAAGAUAUUGACAAAUUACAUCCGAAUUAUUCGUCGAAAUUCAAAAAAUGGUGUAAUAUUGGCGUUCCUCUGAACUUACCAUCCCUCAGGAUAGAAAAAAUUAAGUUCAAACCCCAACAUUACUUGGAUGAGACAAUUGAGGAAAUUAUUAAGAUCAUUCAUACAAUUUCUCCUGACAAUUCAACUGCGCAGUUUUGGCGACUGAACAAAGAUAUGCGCGAAUUUCUAACAGUUGGAAAAAAGAUCCGUCCGGAAUACGAAUCAUUGCUUCAUAAAGUGUGUCAGGAUGUAGAUAGUUUUAAAUCACAUGAGGGAAAGCUAGAAAACCUGGAAAAGAAAGACGAAGCGGAGUAUCCCGACGAAUUAUUGAAACUUUUUACCACCCGUGAAUGUUUUAAACCUUCUUCCAAGCCGAGUUCGUGCAUUUUAAUUGCUCGGAAUCUUAGUCAUUGGGAAUCAUGCGUUUAUGACAAAAAGACCUUGGGCAUGGCAUUCAAUUCAUCAGAUCUAAUUAAAAACUUGCACAAGUUUUAUCCAUUAAUGUCCGAACCGAUUAAUUUUUGUGAUGACAAAAGUUCACUAAAUGCGGACAAAACGAAAUUUCCUACAAAAAAUGGGCUAUUGUCAUUGCUUGGCGAAACGUGUGAGGAAAGUUGCCUUCAAUCUACUUUGGUUCCACGCCAAAGGUUUCUCCUUGCAUUCGUCUCCAAGCAAUCUGUCGAAUUCAUAUUUUAUAAUUGGGCCAAGGAAGCUUCGGACAAGAUUAUCGACCAAUCCAAAAUUUUAGCUACAUGGAGUAGGUGUCGUUGGGAUUUAAUGUCUAGCAUUUUACUGCAAAAGUCGGGAAUUUUUUACAAUCAGCCAUUUCUUAAGGAUCCACUUGUUGCUACGUCAAUGGCUCACGUCCCACCAACCACGGGAAUACAGGAUAUCGUCCGAAAUUGUUAUCCACCGAAAUAUGUACCCGUGGCAGAGCGAAUUGCAGGAAAGAAUUUUGCAGAGAGUCGGACUCAAAUAAGUGAAUUGUACAGGAAUCUUCAUCACACUCAUCUAUUAAACUUGCAUGACGAUGAGAUUCAGUCUACUCCAAUUAGCAUACACGGGGAGCAAUUGAUUAAUUUGGUUGAACAAGGAAGAAAUGAUGUUGAAAGUGCCUUGUUUCGAUAUUGGUUGAGUCGAGGACCAAGCGCUUCAAAUGUAAUUGGAAAAGACGCCAUCGAAGCUUUGAAACAAACUGCAAGAAUGAUUCAUUACUGCAUGACUCCGAUUUUCUUUUUGCCAAGAUGGAGAACAGCAAUUUCAUUGACAAGGGAUAGUAGUUCUGGAAUUUUCAAACGGGCACGACUUUCAGAGUCCAACCUGCCGGUUAUUAGUGAUGAAAAAGAAAGACCACGCCAUGCAUCAGAAUCAUCUUACAGGAGUAUCUUGUCCAAAGGAUCAAAGCCUCCUAUCUUACCGAUUUGGAGCCUUUGGAAACGAUUACAAUCAGAAAAAUGUAAAGAUGAGGAUCCGGAUAUUGUAACACUGUCUUCUCGAAGUCCUAAGCGUGUUUCAGAUUCAUGGCACUCUAACCAAUGUAAUGGGUACAUUCAAGAAUACAUGCAGUAUCUCCAAACUCUUGGAUUUAUACCCGCUCAAGGAAAUUCUAAUGCAAAGAAGCAAAGUGUCCUUACGUCCGACAAUUGGACACAGAGUUAUGUUGGUCGUUUAGAAAGAAUGAGGAGAAUGAGCGAUGGCAGUGUUUUAUCCGUAGACUCUGACAAAAAUUCGCAAAGUCAUUCACCCAACGGAAACCAUAGUAAAGUACAAGCAGAUACCGAGGAGAAAGUCUUUUAUCUUCAGAAAAGUUUGCCCGGAGGGAUAAUUUUACUCGAAGUAGGUUUCAUUGAACCAUUCAGUUAUUGUAAAAUCCAUGCAUUGGAAGUUCAUCGAAUUCAAGGCAAGAAGUUUGCACAACGAGCGGCUACCUCUCAUAACACUAUUGGGUUCGUGGAUGAGUGUGACAAGAUGAAGGUUCUUAUGCACCUUCACUCGUUCGCAUAUGACUUUCAUCUUCGCAGCAUUCAGAACCAUAUUUGUGGGAGACACGUUAUCAAACAAGGAUAUCAUGUUACAAAAUUUCUUGACGAUUUUAUAAGUUAUUAUUGUAAGGGUCCAAACUUUGCGAGAAAUACAGUACACAUAGGAAUUUUGUCUCUGCAAAAUAUCUCCAGCCCAUCCCACAUUAUGUUUGAUUACAUUUUAGCCCAUAAUAAAAAGUAUGAAAUGACAGUUCUAAAGAUGAACCAGGUGGGAAGUAUGCCAGGUUUUGGUUAUGAUGACGCCGCCUUGGUUUACACAUUGACCAAGAGGGUUGCUUACAGGGAAUCUGAAGAUGAAAGUCACUUGGGAGAAUUUGAAAUGUCAUUGGUAAUUUCUCACGAUGUACUAUCUGGGGGAAGAGUGUACAACACGGACCCUUCCGUUUUAAAAAUCAAAUAUUACAUUGUACUCACAAGUCGAAGAGAAUUAUAUCCAAACUUAUCUGGAGACUUAAAUUGUGGAAAAUUGUUUCCUGUCUGCGCGCCUCAACCGUUGUCAGACUUUUCGAUAAGAAAAGAUCGUAAAAGUUUUGAUAAUGGUCAACAAUUGAGUGAGCACGAAAUGGAAACAAGGUCGUGUGGCAAUCAGAGUGACAUGUCAGAAAGUUCAGGUCAUCAUAACGUGAUCAGAGAAGAAAAGGUACAUUACAUGGGAUAUUUUUCAUCUCAUGAGCAAAUGAUGCAAGAAAUCUUGAAAGAACAAACUGUUUGGGCCGAAAAUUUUAUCCGAAGCAUGGUGGAAGCGGCUGCUGUAGAUUGUCGUAGGGAUUUACUCUGGCAGCGUCUACAAUUGGGCGGAAAGCCUCCAGCUAAAAAUGCUUCCGAUAGGGAUGAGCUUACUUUGCGUGAAACUGUGGGUGUUCUUACAUUUUGGGAGUUUUCCGAGCUGUUGGAGCUUAUUCAUGUUCAACCAUUACGUGAUUUGGAUCCGCAGUUGAAAAUACUGUUAAAUCAACCCAUAAAUUUUUUCCAUACACUCAUCAAGCUUUUAUCAAACGUGACCAAGUACGAACAUCGUUACUUUGUGGCACCAGACGGAAAAAUUCAUCAACUAGUUAUAUUCAAUCCAAAUCUUAAGAAGUCGGCAGUGCUUAUUGAAAUCAACCUCAUAAAAUCUUCCAAUGAUAUUAGCAUAUUGUACAAAGACAACUUGGAUGGGAUCAUGGAUGAAUUUCCCCUCGAACUUAAUCAGGAAAUCCUCAACUUAAUUGAGACUGCAGUUGGUGCGUGUUGUUAUUGUAAUUGGAUAAAUUGUUUGUAGUUUUAAGUCAUUCCAUGUCUUCCCAAUGUUUAAGUAUAACGGGUACGUUCUUUGUUCAACGAUAUAGUACGUAUACACUGGUGCGCAUAUAUAUAUAUACGUAUAUAUUCAUAUAUAUUUUUAGUAAAUAUACUGUCCUGUGAUUGAGCUGUUAUUUUCAACCAACGAUAUGAAAUAUGAUGUAGAAUAAAAAUAGAAUAAAAUGAUUAUAAGUUUAUAAUAAAAAUGUGAACCAAG